AUGCCGACUGAGGCGGAUUUAGAGAAAAUUCGGCGUGAGCGGGCGGCACGGUACCAACAACUAAGCGAGGCGGAGAAACCACGCGUGGAGCCAUGCCCCCAUUGUCAUGAGCUGCCAUAUAAGAAGGGGGUUUGCCCAGAGACAGGCAUAUUCCACAAUCUUGAGCGGCACACGAUAGUGGGGGGCGCUGUGGUGCAGUCAAACAUUGUGCGUUCCUCCGAGCUCAUGGAGGCGAUUGACCGUUCACGUAUACGGUGGGUGGAGAGCCGGACGCAGAUGGUACGCGCGGAUGCCGUGUCGCUGAACCUAUUUCAAAGUUUUGUGCGACAACUGGACUGGUCACUACAGCGUUACGGCAUUCUUUACGGUAAGUACGAUGCCAGCCUCAACCUAAUUGAGGUACACGCGAUAUAUGAGCCCGAGCAACAUGGCGAUGCGUACACGUUCCAUUAUCUCCCUGACAAACGUCUUCC